AUGACCACCGCUUUUGUGUCUGGAGCCACCGGCUUCAUUGCUCAGCACAUUGUGAAGCAAUUGCUUGCUGAAAAUUUCACGGUCGUGGGAACUGUCAGAUCGCAACAAAAGGCCGAUAAAUUGCUGAAACUAUUCAACAAUGAUAAGCUUCAUCUUGAGAUUGUUCCAGACUUGACAGCUCCAAAUGCAUUUGACGAGGCAUUGGAGAAGCAUCCAGAGACUUCGAUAUUUCUUCAUACCGCAUCACCAGUGCUGUUUGGAGGAAAGGACCCCGAGAAGGAUUUCUUGCUUCCUGCCAUUGAAGGCACAAAAAAUGGGUUGAGAGCAAUUCAGAAACACGGUCACAACGUCAAGAGGGUUGGGCUCACAUCUUCCUAUGCUGCUGUGGGAAAUACGUUGGAAACUCCUCCUAAAGGUACGGUUAUUACUGAGGAAAGCUGGAACCCAAUUACCUGGGAACAGGCUCUCAGCAAUGAGCUGGCUGCCUAUGCUGGUUCAAAGACGUUUGCUGAGAAGGCUGCGUGGGAAUUUGUGGAGAAAGAGAAGCCCCAGUUUACCCUUUCGGUAGUUAACCCUACCUAUGUUUUUGGUCCUCAGGCUUUCGAUGAAACAGUGAAAGGUGAGUUGGGAUUUUCUUCGGAUUUGCUCAAGUCUGUUCUUUCUUUCAAGCCAGGAGAUACCGUCAAGGAGUUCAAAGGAGGCUUUAUUGAUGUGCGAGAUGUAGCCAAGGCACAUAUAGUUGCUGCCCAAACCGACGAAAUUCAAGGAAAAAGGUUGCUUUUGACCGAGCAUCGAUUUACCUUCCAAAUGAUUUUGAACAUUGUACGUGAAAAAUUCCCUGAACUCCGUGACAGUCUUGCAGUAGGUGAACCUGAAAGGGCCCAUGAAGGGCUCAGUGACCUUAUUGUGGACAAUUCGAAAACAAAGAAGAUUUUGGGAUUCAAGUUCAUCAGUCUUGAAGACGAUGUCUAUGACUCUGUUCUGCAACUUUUAAAGUACAACGACUUGGAGGAUCUUAGAAAUUAG